GUUUGAUUUUAUGCUUAUAAGGCUCUGCCAAAACUGCCAAGCUCGCCUUCCUAUAUACAAAGAAUCUCCUCUUUCUCUCUUUCUAUUGUCUAUUUUCAUUUCUCUGUACCUUCUCAGUUCUGAGUGCAUAGAAUUCUUCAACUCUAUAAACCCAGCCUGUGUCACCUAUUCCCUGUUGCCCACAUCUCUAGUUCUCUACUCCUAUCAAUACUCUCUGCCUUUUGCUCUGUUCUGCAAAAGUAAUACUUCAGAGAUAUUGAAAUUGAUGAUGAGUUUCAGCCUUUUCUACUCCCACACUUUCCACAUUAUAUUGGUCCUCACCACCACUUUCUUUCGCCACAAGCAUUAAUCCCAUUCUAUACUCCAUCUCUGACUCUCUCCCUCUUGUUUCUCUUGCAAAUUUUUUCAUCCUUUUAGUGUUCAAGUGCAUUUUUUUUUCUCCCUUCAAAUUUCUUGCCCGUUGGAAAGUUGUAAUUAGCUUGGAACUCUUCACAAAAGUUUGAUAUUCAUCCAAGCUAUGGAGGGUGGAAACAUCAGUAACGUUUUGUUUCAGAAUGAUAGGCUACCCUGUUCUUCUCAUGAAGUUCUUGAUUCUCUAUGGAUGACUGAUUCUCCAAUCCCACCUCCUCCUCCUGCUGCUUUUCAUGGGUCAACAUCUGUAGUUAAUUUCAGCGAUGGACGAAGAAAAAAUGCAAGGGAGAAGGCGUUGUAUACGCAGCUUGAACAAGAAGGGGACGAGAAUGAGGCUUAUUACGACAAUUACUUGCACCAACCGGAAAAGAAAAGGCGGCUGACGGCGGAGCAAGUUCAUUUUCUGGAGCAAAGUUUUGAGGUGGAAAACAAGCUUGAACCCGAGAGGAAAAUCCAACUUGCUAAAGAACUUGCCUUACAGCCUAGACAAGUUGCCAUUUGGUUCCAAAACCGCCGAGCCCGGUACAAGACCAAGCAGCUCGAGAAAGACUACGGAGGUUUGAAAUCAAGCUACGAUAAACUCAAGGCAGAUUACGAUACCCUUUUCAAAGAGAAUGAAAGUUUGAAAAAUGAGGUUCAUUUACUCACGGAAAAAUUGCUGCUCAGAGAGAAAGGGAAGACUAAUGCAGCAGAAGGGCAGAAAGAUAUUUCUGUUUGUGGUUCUCCAGAAGAAGUAGCUGAAAUGCCAGUUGCUGCUUUUAGUAGUAUUAAGCAAGAAGAUGCAAGCUCAUCAGUCAAAAGUGAUGUGUUUGACUCAGAGAGCCCACAUUGUGCUGAUGCAAACAAUUCUUCCAUACUGGUCCCCGACGAUUCUUCACAUGUGUUCGAACCAGAAUUUUCCGACCUUUCUCAAGAUGAUGGUGAUGAUGAUAGCCUAAGCAAAAGCUUUCUGCAACCACCAUUUUUUCCAAAACUCGAGGAUGAAUGCUACAAUGGUCUGAGCUGCAACGCAGGCAAUUUGGGGUUCCCAAACAUUGAAGACCAGUCCAAUUGGUUCUGGGCUUACUGAGCAAAAUCCUGUUUCACCAUUCACAGGGUUUCAACAUUUUGAUGUAUAUAAGAGGAUUUUUAGGAGUAAAAUGUGAAAGCCCCAGGUAUUCUUUUUGAGUAUCUUUUGGUGGCUUCUGUUUAGCUUGGUGAUGAAAAAAUGGUGGCAUUUUGCUCAUCUCUCAGUUGAGCUUAAUAAAGUAAAAUUUAGAUGGACUUUGAAGAUUACUGAAUCAAUCAGCUUAUUUAUGUGCUCCGAACUUUCCAUCUUUUAGAUUAGAUACAUUUUGUUUGGCGCAUUACCAAAAACAUUUUAAAGUGAGUAAUCAUAAGUCACUUUCUAGGAUAGAUUCAUAGCCAGAUCAUACCAAAAGCAUUUUUGCCCAACAACACACCACAUCCAAAUUCAACCAUUUGUGUGUGUGUGUGUGUGUGGUCCGGCAAACGAAUAAGAAAGAAGAAAAAGUUAGUAGCUAGGGAUGAUCACCAAAUUCUGUGUGCUUAUGAAAGUCUCUCUGUGAAUGUGAGCAAUUAUUAAUUAUUUUAAAAUUUCGACCUACUAAUUCGUGGAG